AUGAUGAUGAUGAUGAUGAGGGUGAUUGUGAGGAUGACAGUUUUCCUGGUCUAGAGUCCUGCAAUGCUGCUGUUUUCAUCUGAUGAGGUGGGAAGGAGGCGGGAUUCUGGGCUGAAGGGAUUUUGUUCCAGAAAUAUACUGAUCAUCCUUGGCUUCUCCUUUAUCAUGGCUGUCAUAGCUCUGAUCGCUGUGGGGCUAACCCAGAACAAAGCAUUGCCAGAAAAUGUUAAGUAUGGGAUUGUGCUGGAUGCAGGCUCUUCUCACACAACUUUGUACAUCUAUAAGUGGCCAGCAGAAAAGGAGAAUGACACAGGGGUGGUGAAUCAGAUACACGAGUGCAAGGUAAAAGGUCCUGGAAUCUCACAAUAUGCUCACAAAACAAGUGACUUGGACAUUUAUCUGACUGCAUGCAUGGAAAAAGCCAGGAAAGUGAUUCCAAUAUCCCAGCACCACGAGACACCUGUUUACCUGGGAGCUACUGCGGGCAUGCGGUUGCUGAGACUUGAAAACGAAUGGGUGGCGGACAAUGUCCUGGCUGUGAUAAGAGAUGUCCUCGACAGCUACCCCUUUGACUUCAGGGGUGCCAGAAUCAUCUCUGGUGGAGAGGAAGGUGCCUAUGGCUGGAUCACUGUCAACUAUCUGCUGGGAAAAUUCACUAAGAAACUGAGGUGGCUCAACCUGAUGUCAUAUGGCAAUGAGAGUCAGGAAACUUAUGGAGCUUUAGACCUUGGGGGAGCCUCUACGCAAAUCACUUUUGUGCCCCAAAACCAGGCAACUGAGUCUCCACAAAAUGCUCUGUACUUUCGUCUGUAUGGCAAGGACUACAAUGUAUACACACACAGUUUCUUGUGCUACGGAAAGGAUCAAGCACUCCUGCAGAAAAUAGCCAAAGACAUUCAGGCUACAAAUAGAACCAUCCAGGACCCAUGUUUCAACCAUGGAUAUAGCAGGGUAAUGAAUGUAAAUGACCUUUACAACAGCACCUGCACCUGGAAAUUUAAGAAGCCUCUUCCAUUCAAUCAAUUAGAAAUCCUGGGCACUGGAAACUUUGAAGAAUGCCAGAAAAGUGUCAUUGCACUCUUCAACACCAGUCAAUGCCCUUACUCCCGCUGUGCCUUCAAUGAGAUUUUCUUGCCGCAACUUCAAGGACAAUUUGGGGCAUUUUCAGCAUAUUACUAUGUGAUGAAGUUUUUAAACCUUACAUCAGAGGAAACCCUCUCUCAGGAAAAGAUGAUUGACACAAUAAAAAAUUUCUGCUCUCGGCCUUGGAAAGAGCUGAAGAUGAAUUUUGGUGAUGUGAAGGAGAAGUACCUGAGUGAAUACUGCUUUUCUGGAACUUACAUCAUCUCUCUUCUUCAGGAGGGCUAUCAUUUCACACCUGAUAACUGGAAGACUAUUCAUUUCAUGGGCCAGAUCCGGGACACUGAUGUGGGAUGGACUUUGGGCUACAUGCUGAACCUGACCAACAUGAUCCCAGCUGAGCAGCCAAUGUCUACACCUCUCCCCUAUUCCACCUAUGUCUUCCUCAUGGUUCUCUUCUCUCUGAUCCUGAUUGCAGUGGUUCUCAUUGGCUUGAUUAUCUUUCACAAGCCUUCAUGUUUCUGGAAAGACAUGGUAUAGCAGGAGCAGCUGAAAUCUGCUGGCUGGAGUGAGAAAAAAACUUGUCCAGGGAGAACUUUCCUCCACAGUGGUGUACAAGGUCAUCAUCCUUCCUUGUUCACGAAGGCCAGUCUUGACCAGUAUAAAGCUUCUUUGGUUUUGCUGAAUGAAGCCUUUCCCUGGAAGGUAAUCACCACCUUCUGCCUCAAGGACUUCCUGGUGGAUAUUGUCUCUUUUGUGAGUCUUUCCCAGCUGUAGCCCCUCCGUCCUUUUUUGUACUCUGUGCUCAUGUAGGUCUUAAAAACCUGCCACUUUUCAUGAUCUUUGCUUUAUAAAAGAACAAUAUUGGCUUCGUCCAGAAGAACAGAGUUCUGACUCCUGUGCUAAGAAAUUGUGCUGGCUAAAAAAAGAAUCUCAGCUGCAUUCUUACAGACCCUCUCUCUCUUAUUUCCCAUUUAUUAAGCCAUACAGUGCCUUUGGAGAGGACAGACACACAUUCCACUCCCAGCCUGCCUUUGCAUGGGAGAAUUUUCUAGACUAGACAAAUAUGUCUAGGACCAAAGAGUCUUGCAAGGGAAUUUAUGUGCUUGUGCCAGUUAAUACUAUACUUAAUCCAAGCCAAAACAAGGAUGGGUCACACAUUCUGGGGUGAUGCCAAAAUGCUCCUGAGUUGAACACCCAGACCAGAUUUCUAAAAAGCUGAUGUAUAUAUAGGCAUUCAGAUAUCAGGGUAUAUAUUACAUGAUAGAUGUCUACAUACUGGGAAGAAAAAUAUAGUUGGGUUGGGAAGUGCAUCUUCCACUGCAUUUAUUGAAGGUUUUGUUUUUAUUGUAGUAAAAUACAUAUAACAUAAAAUUCACCAUUUUAACAUGUACAAUUCCAUGGCACUGCACUCACAGUGUUGUGCAACCAUCACCACCACCUAACUGCAGAAUAUUUUCAUCACCAAGAAAUUGGCUAGAGACAAGACCACUCCUGGGGAAGCUCAAACCACCAACCUUUCAGUUAAUAGGCAAGUAUACUAAGUGCACCACGAAGACACUAUUGAAUUUGAAUGCCAUGCCAUAUCUUACUGUCCCGGGUUUACUUGAGGGAGAAAGUUGCAUUAAUGUAGUGUGUCGUACCUUUUUGCUGUUAUGAUAUUUAUACAUCAAAAUGUGCCAGGAAUCAGAUCUGAAAGUGUUGAUGCUACUCCUGUCACACAGGCAUGGGUUCUAUUUACUUAUUCCAUGGAAUAUUUUGUGAGAGAAGCGGCAGCUAUGGGCCUUGUCACGGAACUAUGAGGAGACCUUGUACCCCCUUCCUUUAAGGAUUGCUGUUAAGAGUUACCUUUUGAGCAGGAUGGAGUGACAAUAUGUUACUCUGACCUUGCCCCAGGCUCUCCAUCUCUAGAUCUGGGGAGUGACUAUUGAGCUGAUGUGGGGCAGGGUGCAGGGGAGAAGGAAAACUAGAAGGAAAUUUGGCUCUCCCACAAACUAGAAGCCAAAUAUCCCUACAUUUCUUGAAUAACCAAGUCAUUUUUUACAAUAUCCAGAUGAAUAUAAGUGUAAUAGAGCUUUGGACAGGAACAUUUUCUUCUCUGAUACCUACAACUGAACUUAUUGUACCUUGAUAAGGAAUAAGAAGCCAAAUUAGGAUAUGUUUAACCUUUUUCUAAUAGUAGUUAGCUAUAUUGUUAUAGCUAGUAUUUAUUGAGCAUUUGUUGUGUACUAUGCUCUGUGACCAAGUGCAUUACAUUCAUUUUCUCAUUUAAUCCUCACAAUAAUAUGAAGGUAGGUACUAUCAUUCCACUUCAUAGGAGCAGCAGGUGUGGCUAAGAAAGGUCAAGUUACUUGCUCAAAUGGCUGAGCUAAAGCCUGGCAUGCAUUUAACCAUUAUUUUCUCUCCCAAAUACCCUACUAGACAGUCUCCUUAUAACUUCAAAGCAUGCACUUAAAUAUGCAUGAAUAUAGGGCAUGGUGGAAAGGGAAAUAGACACAUGACCUAUUUCCUAAUGGACUUGGAAUUUAACAUUGCUUUAAGUUCACAAAGGCUGUCAUGUCAACGCUGAUAUUCUGUUCAUAUACUUUGCAUGGUAACGUAUAUGAUGUAUGAUGCUUAUCAAUGAUUCCCAAACUCCUGGUUCCUUAAUUAUAUGGCUUGCUCACUGAACAGCAGAAUCAAAUCAAAUCAAAUAAUCAAAAUCAGAAUCAAGUAAAUAGUAGUUGAUGAUAAUGAUGGAAAUAAAACAUCAUAAAAAUACAGCCAAUAGCAGCAGCUCCUUUCUUACUUAUGUCUGCAUAUAGAAAGCACUGUCAGGCACAUUAUCUAUUCUGGUCCUAAAAAACCCACGAGAAUAUAAUUUUCAUUUUACAAGCAGAGGUCACACAAACUUGUACAUGGCAGAACUGAUACUGAAACUCAAGUCUUUGCCCCAAGUUUAUGGCUUUUUGUUUUCUAAACGCUGUCCCUCCACAAACUGAAAUUAGAAUUCACAAGUUUCCUUUUAUAAAUACUGAAAUCUUUUGCUAUUUCCUUUCUGUCUUAUUGCCUGGACUCUCCCCUCCUUCCCCCUACCAAAAUCUUAAAGGUAUUUGGGAGCCAAACUCCACUUACAAAUCUCAAAUCAUCAGCAGGCACAACUUAAUCUGUUAUAGGGAGAGAGAGUUUUGAGGCAGAUCAAGGAAACUGCUAUUGGCCAUUCUGGAUGAGGAAGGCCAAAUAAAAUAGAUUACUAUCAAAUAAUUUUAAUAUUGGAUUUCCCACUGGUCAUAAAUAAUUACCAUUCCUUCUUGGACUUUCACCCAAACUUGAUUCUGGUGACCCCAUUCCUUUAGAAAGGGGGAAACUUUCUAUGUCUAUGAAACCACAGGGAUUAAAAUUAGAAGUGGUUAUUUUUCUGUAGAUAAAAAAAAUUGAAGUUAAUUAGGGUGUGCAUGUGUGUGUAUGAGACAGAGAGAAAUAUAAAAGUUUCACCUGAAUAAGAAAAUAAAAUAUGAUAUAAAUAAAAGUUUUUAAAAAGAAUACUUCAUUUUAAUAUUGUAUCAAUCAAGACCUCUGUAAGAAAAAUAUGGCACAAUCAAACUGGGUUACUAUGGAGAGUUUAAUAAAGUGACUAUAUGCAAAAUAUGAA